AUGCAUGAUGUUGCAAAAGUGUUUGGUUUCCUGGCAGGGAAGCCAAGAAUCCCCGAGAACAGGUUGGUCGGAAUUUACCAAGUUCCAUAUUGACUUUCCGUAAAUACAAAUCUACGGUUUCACAUUCAUUUAAAGAUAACGUGGGACAAGUCAGUAUUGUGAUUGCAACCUCUGCCCUCAGUUUGGGAGUCAAUUUUCCUGACGUUAGACGUAUCAUUCACAUUGGCCAAGCGACAAGUGUUGUUGACCACAUACAGGAAGCCGAAAGGGCUGGAAGAGAUGGUGUCAGUACACAUAAUGUUGCGCUAUACCAUGGUAAUCAGCUCACCCAUUGUGAAGAAGCUAUCAAGCAAUUUGUACGUUCAGGGAGUUGUGUCAGAAAAGCUUUAUUUAAGGACUUUGAUGAUGUCCCAAGCAAUAAUCCUCCACUUGAAUGCUGUAGCAUCUGUGACAACAAUUGUUUAUGUUUUGGUGAGGAGUGUAGUCGCGAAAGAUUUUCUUUUAAUGAGCCAAAAGGGAUGACAUCUACCACAGAGUCUUGUUCCGCGUUCCAACGACCAGUGUCAGAAGAAAAUGCCGAGACAUUGCAGAAAGUGGUAUAA